GAUCUUGCUCCCUCAACCGUUGAUAAAUCUUCAUCCAACGGCCAUUAAGCGAUCUCAUGGCAUUUCACGCGGAUCGACAUUGGAGUUGAGAGAAAUAACUAACUCUGACGAAACAUCGCUCGCUCCCUCAACCGUCGGAUUAGUCUUCAUCGAAGGGCCAUUAAGCGAUCUCAGGCAUUUCCCGCGCGGAUCGACGUCGGUGUUCAUCACCUAUAUAUACAUGAUAACAGCGACAGCCAUGGGGGAUUUCUUCGGUUUCAAGGGGAGCAUUGCUGAAACUGCUCUGAAUCCAGAUCGAUCUGAUCAUCUAUCCGAUCUUGUGGCAGUAUCCAAUGUAGAAGAUUUGAAGACUGCUACUUCGGAAUGUGCACAAGAGAUCCAUCGCAUGGCACAAGACCCUAACGGUUCAAGCUUUUUAAAGAGCUUGUUUGCAAAGCUGAGCGAACUGAGGCUGAUCUAUGAGAUCGUGUCACUCUUUGAUGCUUUUACUGGUGAUCCUGAGCAAGUCAAACCUACGGUUUGCUACACUGAGACAGGAUGUCAAACCUUCUUCAGCCUCCUUGGCUACUGUGAUCAUAUUGUGAAGGGAAGGUUUGUGUCCAUUGUUGAUAUGUUCUUCACUGGCAUCAUGACUUCACAGGAGAGUCUUACUCCUUCCUUCUUCACAUCCUUCUUCUCAACUCACAGAUAAACACCUUGAGGCACACCUUGAGCCAAUUCUCACCAAAACUUGUCAGAAUAUAAACCUCUUUUGUUCUUAUCCUAAUGGCUUGAUCAACAUGAGAGUGAUGGUGAUGGCACUUCAUUCGAGACUGCAACUAGCUCUGGUUAACAAACUAAAUCAAACCCUUCUGAUUGACGCUGCCUUCGAUGCAAAGGGGAACUUCUUUGUUCAAAGUCUGAUCACUAUUCCUGGUCUUGAAGCUUCUUCAGUUGUUGUCCAAUUGUUGAGUGGCAAAUUUGUUGCUUUGUCUAAGCACAAAUAUGCCACUCACGUUGUUCAAUCGUGUGUGAGAUAUGGUAGUGAACAGAGUGUUUUGGCAAUUACACAUGAGUUGGCUGCAGAAUUGGUUGGGUUUGCAACUCACCCAUAUGCGAAUCAUGUUCUCCAACACGUAUUGAAGAGGUCAAAGAUGAUGAAGAUGAUGGGCGCUCUCGUCGUCUAUAAAAAACUACGGUCAGAGAUGGAGAUUAGAAGGCUAUACCUCGAGAAUGAUCCAUAUGGCAAACAAGUUCUCGAGACUUGUGACAGAUGUGAGAGAAUCUAGAGUCAUGUGAGGGAAUAGGUAAAAAGAAUAUAUCCUAUAGGUAAAAGAGAAUUCAUUGUGUAUAUAAAGAUAAAAUCAUUGUCUAUAUCAUCCUUAUAUAGAAUAUAGGUAAAAAAUAAUUGUAAAACUCUAUCAUCCUUAUCAUUUUGUAUAGGAUAAACUCAUUGUAUAAAUCGAUUUUUACUAUAUUGAUAAUAUUUCUCUUUCUUCUCU